GUAGAGCGACUAGCAAGAAGGCAAGACUUCGGCAGCACGUCACAUCGCAGUUCACAAUCCUCGUUCAAUCCAACUUAUGACCUGAUUUGCCUCGCUCCCAUCAACUUACCUUGGUAUCCCCUAUGAGGCGAUGUCUUCUGAUCAUAUUGUUGUCAGGUGGCGCUGACAGCGGAACACCUUCCAAGCAAAUCCUCAUCAACAGGCGACACUGUUCCAUAGAAUUUCACCGCCUACAUCAUCUCAACGGAGGACCGUCCCAUUGUCGAAUUUCAGACAUCGCCACAGAAGACCUCAUCCACCUUGCGAUCCUAGGCUUGGAGGAACGCCGAGCCUUGGUUGAGAGAGAAAGGUCGAAACCUCGGCUCAAGCGUCGGCCAAGGCUUCCAAAUUAAUACCAGCAAAUGAAGCCAAGGAACAGCUCUGUU